AUGAUUGUGGAAGAUGUGAUAAUAUAUGUGUCAUACUUUCUGGAAAAAUUAUGGAGGCGUCAAGUAAUCAAUGCUGUGAUUAUGGUUCAUAAUUCGUCUGAUCCAAAACACUUAAACUGUUACACAUGGGAUCCAUAUACUGAAGGUCAUUGUGGCAACCAAUUUAAAUAUCCAACAGUUGUAGGUGAAUGUUUGAAUGAACAAAUUCAAUCUGAGAAAGGAUUAUUUAGCUCAAAAAUUCCUGAUCAACUUAGCAGAUGCCCGGUUCUAAUUCAAACUUGUAUUAUAGAACCGUAUGUAAUUAAAAAGGAAGAAAUAGUUGAUGAGAAUAAUGCUUCUUUAGAAGGCAUUGAAGUUUUAUUGUUAGAUAUUAUUGCACAAAAAUUAAAUUUUACGGCUGUAUAUCGCGUAUCAGAAAAAUAUAAUACAUUAGCAUACACUUUAAAUGAAUUGGCAUCUUUACGCGCUGACAUAAGUAUUGGUGCAAUACCGCCUGACAAUGAGAAACAUGAAAUAUUUGAUUUCACUGUCACGUAUUUGGAUGAAAGUGUGACAUGGUGUGUGCCGUCGUCAGAGGAAACACCACGAUGGAAGAAUUUUAUAUUUUCAUUCUCUUAUCAAUCAUGGUCUUUAAUAGUUUUUUCGUAUAUGUCGUGUUCAAUACUUACAUGGUUCUUAAGUCGAAAUGAUCUAUUAGAAUCGUUAAAUUAUCGCAAUUUAGGAAGAAUAUUUUUAUGGAACUAUUCAAUUUUAUUGAAUAUAGCCAUUCCGAAACAGCCUUUGCGUGUAACUGCUCGAUAUAUUAUUUACGCAUACAUUUUGUUUUGUUUCAUUGCAAGUGUUACAUUUCAAACGUUCUUAAUGAGCGUCUUAACUGAGCCAAUAUUUGAGAAACAAAUAUCAAACUUCGAUGAAUUAAUUUCAACAGAUUUAAAUUUUGGUAUAAUGGAGUCACAUCGACGUUUCUAUGAAGCAGAUCCAAAAUACAAAAACAUUUUACAAAAAGCAAUAAUAUGUGACGAUAUUAGAAGUUGUUUACAUAACGUCUCAUUUUAUAAAAAUAUUGCUGUUGCUGUGCCCCGUUUAUACAUGGAUUACAUUGGAAACCGUUAUAUAAAUUCAAAAGGACGUCAUUUAAUUUAUGCUUUCAAAUCAGAUAUUGUAUCAUAUCCAAUUGAAAUGUUAAUGAAAAAAGGUUUUUCAUUAUUAGAAGAUUUUAAUCAAAUAAUUCUUAAACUAAAAGAGACUGGUCUAUUAUCAAAAUGGCAGAAUGAUUAUUUGAGUGAAACAUAUUCAAUAGAAGAAAUGAAUGAACCCGAAGAUGAAUCAGUGACAAAAGGAUUAUCAUUAGAAGAAAUUCAAAUUGCUUUUUUAGCUUUAUUUAUUGGUAUUUUUGUAGCUGUUCUAGUAUUUAUAUUAGAGCAUUGUUGGAAACGGAGUUGUGUAAUACCUGUGUUUUAA